AUGCCCGGUCUGUUUGACGUCCGCAAGCAGCUCGUCUUCUACGGCGCGUACCACAACAAUCCCACCAAUGUCCGCAUCCACAUGACCUUCGUCCCCCUCAUCGUCUGGUCCUGGGAGGUUAUCCAGACCACCUUCCCGCACCCGUCCUUCCUGCCUCAAAUCGAACACAAGUUUAACAACUUCCUCAUCUUCGAGCUCAGCUAUGCGGCGAUCUACGCUCUCGUAAACUGGCUCUACUACUUCUCUCUUGAGCCCACUGCUGCCAUCCUGUACCUGCCGCAGUACACUCUGAUGUUGCUCACGGCCACCGCGCUCGGGAAGCAGAGCCCCAACGCGGCGACAAUCGGGUUCAUGCUGCAGGGCGCGUCCUGGGUCGCCCAGUUCCUCGGGCACGGCCUCGCGGAACGGCGUGCGCCCGCACUGUUCAACAACCUCCUCGGCGCGCUCGUGCUCGCGCCAUUCUUUGUUCACCUCGAGUGGCUCUUCAUGGCCGGCUACAAGCCCCAGCUGCACAAGGACAUCACGAACGGCAUCGGCGUCGAGAUCACCAAAAUUCGCAAGGCCGAGGGCGACAAGCGGCGCGCGGAUGCCAUCCAGGGCAAGGAAGACUAG